AGCCUGCGGAGUCGGCCUCGCUGCGAGGCGGGCGCGCGCGGACCCUGCACCGGCCGCGGAGCCGCUAUGGGCCCGCCCGGCCCCGGGCACCGGGCUGCGCCAGCGCCGGCCUAGAGCCAGAAUUGAAGCUACAAAAUGGCUGACCAGGACCCGGGGGGCAUUAGCCCCCUCCAGCAAAUGGUGGCCUCAGGCGCUGGGGCUGUGGUCACCUCUCUCUUCAUGACACCCCUGGAUGUGGUGAGGGUCCGCCUGCAGUCCCAGCGCCCCUCGGUGGCCAGCGAGCUGAUUCCUCCCUCCAGACUCUGGAGCCUCUCCUUCGCCAAAUUGCCCUCCUCUCUCCAAUCUACAGGGAAGUGUCUCCUGUACUGCAAUGGUGUUCUGGAGCCCCUGUACCUGUGCCCAAAUGGUACCCGCUGUACCACCUGGUUUCAGGACCCCACUCGCUUCACUGGCACCAUGGAUGCUUUUCGGCCUCCCAGCCACCCUGGUGAUGACUGUCCCAGCCACUGCAAUCUACUUCACUGCCUAUGACCAACUCAAGGCCUUCCUUUGUGGUCGAGCCCUGACCUCUGACCUCUACGCACCCAUGGUGGCUGGCGCACUGGCCCGCUUGGGCACCGUGACUAUCAUCAGUCCCCUGGAGCUGGUAUGAACAAAGUUGCAGGCUCAGCAUGUCUCAUACCGGGAGCUGGGUGCGUGUGUCCAAGCUGCUGUGGCUCAGGGCGGCUGGCGCUCACUGUGGCUUGGCUGGGGUCCCACUGCCCUUCGUGAUGUGCCCUUCUCAGCCCUGUACUGGUUCAACUAUGAGCUGGUGAAGAGCUGGCUGAGUGGAUCCAGGUCAAAAGAUCAGACAUCUGUGGGCGUCAGCUUUGUGGCUGGCGGCAUCUCAGGGACGGUGGCCGCUAUCCUGACUCUGCCCUUUGACGUGGUGAAGACUCAGCGCCAGGUUGCACUGGGAGCGGUGGAGGCUGUGAGAGUGACACCCCCUCACGCAGACUCCACCUGGCUGCUGCUGCGGAAGAUCUGUGCGGAGUCAGGCACCAGGGGACUCUUUGCAGGCUUCCUCCCGAGGAUCAUCAAGGCCGCUCCUUCCUGUGCUAUCAUGAUCAGCACUUACGAGUUUGGCAAAAGCUUCUGCCAGAGGCUCAACCGGGACCAGCCUCUGGGCUCUUGAAAAGGACGGGGUGGCCCUCAUCUCUUCCAUGGGUGGGGGCGGGGCAGGAGACUGAGUCAAGUGCCUUGUCCUCAGCACUGAGGAGAGGGGCCUCAUUUCCCUUCCCCAGGGGUAGGAGGCUGCCCCUCUGGGCCCACCCAGGCCCCCCUCAUUCCUGCUGCUCCUCAUUCACAAGCCCCAAGAAUCAUCACUUUUCCACCCCCCUAAAUUCAAGACCAAAUCUGCUAACUGCCCCUCCCCAUGUCCCUUUGUAUUUGCUGUAGCUGGGCCUGCCCCCAGGAGCCACAAAACCCUGGGCCUGGCAUAGUCU